AUGUCAAGGCUCAAGCCGUGGGUCAAGGGUCCGUGUGAGUCGAGUCAGCAACAAGGGGAAGGGGUCUCAAGGGCGAAGGACGUAGGCGAAGCCGAAGACGAUGGCGUAAUUUGUGAAGAAAUAUGUGGUGGGAUGAAAGUGAUAUUAAACAGACCCCAGAAAUUGAAUUCUCUAAACUACCAACUUAUUUUACAGUUGUUAAAGAUGUUUGAAGCAUAUGAGAAGGACCCAACAAUCAGUUUCGUGAUAUUAAAGGGAAAUGGAAGAGCGUUUUGUGCGGGUGGGGAUGUUACGGCUCUGAUGACACUCACAAAUGCAGGGCAUUGGAGCGUUGGUGCAAACUUCUUUCAGAAGCAAUAUAGUCUAGACUACUUGCUCGGGACCUAUAGGAUUCCGUUGAUCGCUAUUAUAAAUGGAAUCGUGAUGGGGGGAGGAGCAGGAUUAUCGAUGAAUGCAACAUUUAGAAUCGUCACUGAGAAUACAUUAUUUGCAAUGCCGGAAGCAUCAAUAGGAUGUAUUCCGGAUGUUGGUGCGUCUAAUUUCCUAUCGCGACUUCCUGGUUAUUUCGGCGAAUAUGUAGCACUCACCCAAGUACGACUAAAUGGGAUUGAAAUGGUUGAAUGUGGUCUUGCAACUCACCUUGUACUCUCAAAGGAUUUAGCUUCAAUGGAGAAUGAACUUAGCAUGAUGGCUUCAUCUGAUGCAAGAAACAUACCAACACUAAUUUCUGAGAUUAUUGUCAAAUAUGCAAAUUGGGAAAGAGAAAGCAUUAAACUAGAGAAUGUAUAUUCAAGGCUGGAUAUUAUCAACAAAUGUUUUUCAAGAGAGACUGUAGAAGAUAUAUUGUCAUCACUGGAGAAUUUUGAGGCGUGUAGACAUGAAAAAUGGAUUCCUGAUGCAAUAAAAUCAAUAAAAUCGGCUUCUCCAUUGUGUGUAAAACUCACGUUAAAACUGAUUAGAGAAGGGCGAUUGCAAAAACUUGACGAAUGCCUUGCUCGUGAACAUCUUGUUGUCAGUCAUCUUCUACGAAGAACCGUGAAUGAUGAUUUUUACGAGGGUCCUAGAGCAGUGCUAAUCGAUAAAGAUAAGAAACCGAAGUGGUCGCCGUCGAAACUAGCACUCGUGGAUCAAGAAAUGCUAAGCAAAUGUUUCUCCAUGAUUGAUGAUGAAGAUUGGCAGCCAUUAAAACUACUUGCAAGAACAAACCCUAACCACGUUAUAUUGUCAAGAAUCUAG